GGAAGUUGUGAACAGAGUUUAAAAUCUGCUGCAGGACUGCAGACAUUCACAGGAAGCUGGACCAGCAAUGGCUCUGCUGAAGGUUCUGCUGCUCCUGGGGCUGGGUGUUUCAGUGAACUCAGAUGUUUCUCUGGAAAAGAGAAUCAUUGGAGGUCGAAACUGUCGUGACAGAGAGCGUCUUUAUCAUGUUCGGCUGGAGAACAUCAAGGGUAAUAUAAAGGACCGCUGUGGAGGUUCUCUGAUCCACCAUCAAUGGAUCCUGACUGCAGCUGACUGCUGGAAGGCUGAGCCAGGAUGGACUAACAUAGCAGUGUUAAAAGUUCAUCCACGGACUGCUGGGCAGCAGAAUCAUGUAAUCCGACAAGCUCCUGUGAUUUACGGCCAGCGGCAUGACAUCAUGUUGCUGAAGCUUGAGACACCAGUAACAGAUGUCCCACUUGCUCGGCUACCGGACUGCAACAAUCGACUUAAAGUAGACGAUGUUGUUCAGCUGGCAGGAGAGGGAGCAACAACAACCGGCCCCAAUAAUGAGCGAUUAAGAAAUCCUUCUAUUCCAACACAUCUUCAGUGUGUUGACAUGGAAGCUGUUCGGGUUUCCCAAGUCCAUCAGGCACAUGGCCAUGUAUUCUAUGCCGAAGCACCAAACAAGGAUGUAUGCUAUGGAGAUUCUGGUGGAGCAGUGGUGUACAACGACAUGAUUUAUGGUGUGAUCUCUUUUGGGGGACCAGACUACGCAUGUCAGAAACCAGCUAUCAUCAUGGAUGUGUGUGAAUACCUGUGGUGGAUAAAACAAACAAUUGGGCUUCAAUAA